UGCUAUGACUGGACAAUGUGAUGACAGUGAUGAGCUGUAUCACAAGUUGUCAAACCAAAACAAUCCAAUUCUCCUUCUUUUUCAACCGACUGAGGUUAGUUUGUGGUGAGUGUUGAGUGAAAAAGACGACUUUGGGGCCAUUUUAAACGUCAAAGUCGAAAGGUGAAUUCACGGUGAAUUCAGCUGGCAAAAGUGGGCCUUUAUUAUUUAACUAAUUCCGGGGUAAAGUGAAAAGAAUCCACAAGAAAUGGCCCAAUUAGCCUCUAAAGUUCCAGCUCUAGCCGCCAAGCUGUUAGCUGAUGCUCGACCUGGACUCCAGACUUUCUGGAAGUAUGCAAAAGUUGAAUUAACUCCCCCUACUGCCUCUGACAUUCCCCAAAUCAGAGCCGGAAUUGGAAGGCUUAUCAGUGGUGCCAAGAAUGGAAACUGGAAAAACACAACCGUCCGAGAUGGAUUUGUCAACUCGUUGAUAGCAAUUGAGGUGUGGUGCUGGUUCUAUGUUGGAGAGUGCAUUGGAAAACGCCACAUUGUUGGAUAUGAUGUUUAAUUAACUGUACAUUUCCGUUUUUGUUUCUAAGAAAUACAUGUAGAAAUCUGGUUAAGUAAAUGUAUCUACCACACUACGAACAUG